UGUCGGGCUUAGGGGCCUCGCGCACACCGAGACUCCUGGGAGUUGUAGUCCAUACCGAGUCAAACGUGGAAUUAUGGCGGUGGCCAAGGAGAUCUUACAGAUGGACCUGUACGCGCUGCUAGGAAUUGAGGAGAGCGCGGCGGACAAAGAGGUGAAGAAGGCGUAUAGGCAGAAAGCCCUCUCCUGCCAUCCAGACAAAAAUCCGGAUAACCCCAGAGCAGCUGAACUCUUCCACCAGCUUUCUCAGGCUUUGGAGGUGCUGACUGAUGCUGCAGCCAGGGCUGCCUAUGACAAAGUCAGGAAAGCCAAGAAGCAGGCAGCAGAGAGGACUCAGAAGCUUGAUGAGAAAAGGAAGCGAGUGAAACUGGACCUUGAGGCUCGGGAGCAGCAAGCCCAGGCCCACGGCAUCGAGGAGGAGGAGGAGGGCCAGAGCACCCGGACCCUAGAGCAGGAGAUUGAGCGCCUGCGAGAAGAGGGUUCCCGACAGCUGAAGGAACAGCAGAAGCUGGUGCAGGAGCGCAUCCGCCAGGAGCAGGAACAGAGACUGAGAGGAAAAUCAGAAAACCCAGAAGGCCAAGGAACACCCAAGCUAAAGCUGAAAUGGAAAUGCAAGAAGGAGCACGAGUCCAAGAGCAGCUACUCCAGGGAAGUCCUCCUACAGCUCCUUCAAAAGUACGGAGAGGUACUCAACCUGGUGCUGUCCACUAAGAAGGCGGGCACUGCUGUGGUGGAGUUUGCCACUGUCAGGGCUGCGGAGCUGGCUGUGCAGAAUGAAGUGGGCCUAGUGAACAACCCUUUGAAGAUUUCCUGGCUGGAGGGACAGCCCCAGAGCACAGUGGGCCAUCCAGGCCUGUCACAGGUCAAUGGCCAGCAAACUUCCCCCUGCUUAUUGCAGAGUGUAGCCAGAGAACAGGGCCCAGCAGCUCCCCCACCUACCUGCCCUGCCAUCCAAGGUGGGUUGUCACUUCACACAGUUCUGUCUGUGCCAGAGAGGAGGUCAUGUUCUCCCCACUAAGCCCUGCAGGGACUGGGGCUGGGCUGCCUCCGCUGGGUCUGGCAUAGCCUUGCACUUGGCACUCACCUGCAUG